AGUUUCCCUAUAGCUACAAUUAACGGUACUGAAUUAGGUGAAGGCAGAACACACACAAACUUGGAGUAAGCACAAACACAAAAUCUGACAUGAUGACCUGUUAUCAUUAAGCCUGUCAUUACAGUCAUCAUGUCAAAUUCUGGAGGACUCCCCCUACCACAAACACAUAAAAAACAACACACAUCUUUGCACAGCGUUCACGCCCGGCAUAAAAAUAGAGACAUCUCCAAAAAAAAAAUCGUGAAAUAUUCAAGAAAAUUAACAGCGCGUGUUCAAUUAUAUUGUUAUAUUCAGACAAUCAGUCAUUUGCAAAAGCAUGACACGAUUAUACCUGCGUCUAUGACAAGUCAAAAAAAAAAUCUCAUCCGGCCAACACGUCCCUACACAAGAAGAAAAAGACAGUCUGCAACAGCAAAUAAACCAUUAUUUUCUUCGCCUCCCAACGUGUAGGUGUAUUUCCGCUGUUCGAUAUACUCCUACCUUUAGUUUUAGUUGUAUAUAAAAGCCAGGGAUUAAUUUGUUGUCGAUAAACUGGAGGCGGUGACGAAUCUGACGGCGAUUGGACCUCCCCGCUUGUAGCCCUCCCUUCUUAAUUUCCACGGGAGCGCGUCCGGGCUCUUAAACACAGCAACACCGGCAGCCUUCACCACGAUCUUACUCACAGGCACCGUGCACUUUCACAGCCUCCUGAUUACAAACUCCGGCAAGUGAUUACAGAAUACACAAAUAAGAAGGGGUUGUUUUGACUACUGAAAGCCGUGCAAGUGUCCGGUUUCAAUACUUGCUGCUGUUGCAAUGGACGUUUGAUUAUCAGCUACUCGACUCCAAAUUGAAGGACUUACUUUUUAAGAGCUCUGCUGCAGACGCUGAUAUUUAUGACCAAGCGGCUUAUCGCGCGAGUGCUUUGAGCACAUAAAGUAGGCUUGCUUUCCUAAUAUACACUUUUUUUCUUUUAAAUAGCUUUCUUUCUUCUCUAAAAUUGGCUCCCGUACAAACAGCCGCGUUGGAUCCCUCGGCUUACUGCGAGACUCCGGUAUACAAUCCGGAUCUCUGCCCAAAUAUGAUAGCUGCUCAGGCCAAGUUGGUGUACCACCUUAACAAAUACUACAACGAGAAAUGCCAGUCUCGGAAAGCCGCGAUCUCCAAGACAAUCAGGGAGGUGUGCAAGGUGGUUUCGGACGUCCUGAAGGAGGUGGAGGUGCAGGAGCCCCGAUUCAUCAGCUCCCUGAAUGAGAUGGAAAACCGCUUUGAGGGUCUGGAGGUGAUUUCGCCGACCGAAUUCGAGGUGGUCCUCUAUUUAAAUCAGAUGGGGGUUUUCAACUUCGUGGAUGACGGCUCGCUGCCAGGUUGCGCCGUGCUCAAGCUCAGCGACGGCCGCAAGAGAAGCAUGUCCCUAUGGGUCGAGUUCAUCACAGCCUCCGGUUACCUUUCGGCCCGCAAGAUCCGGUCCCGCUUCCAAACGCUGGUGGCACAGGCAGUGGAUAAGUGCAGCUACAGAGAUGUCGUAAAGAUGGUCGCAGACACCAGCGAAGUGAAACUACGCAUAAGAGACAGAUACGUAGUUCAGAUCACCCCGGCUUUUAAGUGCACGGGGAUAUGGCCACGGAGCGCUGCGCACUGGCCUCUGCCACACAUCCCCUGGCCAGGACCGAACCGGGUGGCAGAGGUAAAAGCCGAAGGUUUUAACCUUUUAUCGAAGGAAUGCUACUCGCUAAAUGGGAAACAGAGCUCGGCGGAAAGCGACGCCUGGGUCUUACAGUUCGCCGAAGCCGAGAACCGUCUCCUACUGGGGGGCUGCAGGAAGAAAUGUCUAUCCGUUCUAAAGACACUGCGCGACCGUCACCUUGAACUCCCCGGACAGCCCCUUAACAACUACCACAUGAAAACUUUGGUCUCCUACGAGUGCGAAAAACAUCCACGGGAGUCGGACUGGGACGAGAACUGUCUCGGGGACCGACUAAACGGAAUUUUACUACAGCUCAUCUCGUGCUUGCAGUGCAGAAGAUGUCCGCAUUACUUUCUGCCAAAUUUAGACCUAUUUCAGGGAAAGCCCCAUUCAGCCCUCGAAAACGCAGCCAAACAGACUUGGCGUUUGGCGAGAGAAAUUCUAACCAACCCCAAAAGCUUGGAAAAACUCUGAGGUAAAACGGUAAUGGCGAGUCACUGAUACACGAUGUUUUCGCCCCCAGGUCUGACCGGGGGUCAUGAGAGGCCUAGAUGAUGUUGCGCGGAUCAAGGAAUUCACGGACAAAAAACUAUCACUGCUGUUAUGUGUUUAUUUUCAUGUUCUUGUAAGCUGUGUAACAAAUGCCCCGUGGAUUAUAUGAUACUCAUUAUCAAAAACAAUUUUGAAAGACUGAUUUUGUCAGCAAUAUUAUCGUUGUUAUUCGGAAACUAAAACAUGUAUCAACAAUCAAAAUCAAUUGAUGGGUAACUAUCAGUGUUAAUAUUUCUUAAUUUCCAGUGCCCUACAUAAGCGAAACGUUUAUUUGCUAAAAUGCUUCAAAUAAAGCUCCGUGGAAAGCAUUGGCAGAAUCUAACUGUACGUUUUUAUACUGUAUAUACAUACAUUCAUAGAUUGUGCUUCCAGUGGUCUGAAAUUGUGAAUGUUGUUUUGUGACACGUAAUUAGAAGUUCAAUUCCAUCAGUUUAAGGAUACUCCUGGAUCUUUCUGGUAUAGAAGAAAUCAAUUUAAAGUAGUCU